CCGCGUCACACAGUAUCAACGCCGCUCGUCAUGGCGCUCGGACGCAGGAACUCGCUUCUCCUGUUUUUCUUUUUCUUCACAUUUUAAUCUACCCGAAUCUCUUGGACUCGAGUCGUAUACUGUUUCGACUCAACAGCUGAAGAGGGCUGACCCAGUCCUUGCUUUGUUAGACCGAUCUUAACAAAUAAACUUGUGUCCGACCGGGCGAUCGAGAUUUCAGGAACCCUUUUCCAAGACGAAUUCCCUAGUUUGAGGAACUCGGGAAAGAAACUGUUCUGGAAGAAGAGGAGGGGUGAGAAGGGGCCCUUUUUAAAGUGAAUGCUUGAGACAUCACCAUGACUGCGGCAUGGGAGUGACGUGAUAGCUGGAUCAGACUUUUCCUCCAAACAUCCUCUUAUCUGCGCACCCACAUCAUGCCCUUAUCUCUUCAAACGUACAAAACUGAUUGAAUGAACGACCACACUGAGAAAGAUUGUGCUAGUGUGAAAAUGGACGAGUCUGCGCUCCUCGACCUGUUGGAGUGCCCGGUAUGCUUGGAGCGGCUAGACGCCACGGCGAAGGUGUUACCGUGCCAACAUACGUUUUGCCGCCGCUGCCUGCUUGGAAUUGUGGGAUCACGUGGAGAACUGCGCUGCCCGGAAUGCCGGACGCUGGUGGAGAGUGGCGUGGAUGAGUUGCCGAGCAACAUCCUCCUGGUACGGCUGCUGGAUGGUAUCAAGCAGAGGCCGAGGAGGACAGGAAGUGUUCACUCGGCGAGUACUAAUGGAUCAGCUGGAGCGGGAGUCCGGGGACAGGCCUCGGGAGGAGGCCAGAGAGAUCAAGGUCCCACGGGGACGCAGUCUCAACGAGCUCAGGCCAAAACUACUCCAGUGAGGGGUGUCCCUCAGCUACCCUGUGCCAAGGCAUUGUAUAACUAUGAUGGCAAAGAACCUGGAGACCUCAAGUUCAGCAAGGGGGACAUCAUCAUCCUGCGCCGGCAGGUGGAUGAGAACUGGUAUCAUGGAGAGAUGGGUGGAGUUCACGGAUUCUUCCCCACAAACUUCGUCCAGGUCAUCAAACCGCUGCCACAACCACCCCCACAAUGCAAAGCCCUCUACGACUUUGAGCUUAAAGAUAAGGAGGCUGACAAAGACUGCCUACCGUUCUCAAAGGAUGACAUCCUCACCGUAAUUCGUCGAGUAGAUGAGAAUUGGGCAGAGGGAAUGCUGGGAGAUAAGAUUGGCAUCUUCCCUAUAUCUUACGUAGAGUUUAACAGUGCAGCGCGACAGCUCAUAGAACUGGACAAGGCAGAAAGUGGAGGAGACUCCAGCGAAGGUCCCUCUUCCUCGGGCCCCCAGGCCAAUGGAUCCCAGAAGGUCCCCGGAGAGAAGAAGAAUAGUAAAAAGCGACACUCCUUCACCUCCUUGACGAUGUCCCAUAAGCCUUGCCUGGCACCUCCACCCCAGAGACACUCCAUGGAGAUCAGCGGGCCGGUUCUGAUCAGCUCCUCUAACCCCACAGCGGCAGCCCGAAUCGGAGAGCUCAGCGGAGGCUUGUCCUCUAGCGCACCUUCACAGGUUCACAUUUGCACAGCAGGACUCAUUGUAACACCUCCACCAAGCAGUCCUGUCACCACAGCAACAGUUUUCACAUUUCCUCCUGAGACCAGCUAUGCCUCUCUACCUGUGGAUGCUCUUCCUCCUCCACCUCCCCCUCCUCCUCAGUCACAGUCCAUAGCUGUGGGUGCAGCCGCAUUGAAUGCUGGACAGAGACCGUUGCCCGCUUUAGGUGACCAGAGUGGACGUCAAAGACCCACAGUUUAUAUGGCCAUGUUUCCAUAUACGCCCCGUAAGGAAGACGAGUUAGAAUUGAGAAAGGGUGAGAUGUUUCUGGUGCUGGAGCGCUGUCAGGACGGCUGGUUUAAAGGAACAUCCAUGCACACCGGCAAGAUUGGAGUGUUUCCUGGAAACUACAUGAGUCCUGUCAGCAGGACCGGUAACAGUCAGCCAAAAGUUCCUCUGACCCUGUGCUCUCAGACUGGGCGUGGUGUCACAAUUGUUAGCCCCUCACCUGCUCCCAUUGGGGCUGGCCUAGGGAAUGGGGAUUCCAGCAAACCGCUCCCCAUUUGCCAAAAUCCAGCUCCAUCGUGCUCGCUGCCUGCUGCUAUAGUAACAGCAGCACAUAUACCCACUGGACAGACCCCUAAAGUGCUUAUGCAUGUGACAUCACAGAUGACCGUCAAUCAAGCACGCAGUGUCGUCCGAACAGCUGUGUGUCAUAAUCAGGAUCGCCCUACUGCAGCAGUAACGCCCAUCCAAUCCCAUAACUCUGUGGGCUACCAUCCUAACUCAGCUGUGUGUCUCCAGCCAUCACCUGUCCUCGGCUCCAGCCCCGGAUCUUCAUCUAGCAGAAUGGGCGUGGCUAUGGGCUGCGCGGCCUCUUCCCUGACCCCACCCAAUGUUAGUGCUGCUUCUCUAGACAGUGAUGUCAUGAGACCCGUCACUGUGGUGGCACUUUCUGCGACCCCUGGCAGCACUAAGUCUCUUGGUGCAGGAUCGAAUCAUAGUGUUGCUUGUAGACUGGAUAAAGACUGCAAGCGGGAGAAAAAAGGCUUGCUGAAACUGUUGUCUAAUAAAAAGAAAGUCCGCCCAUCUCCCCCAUCUUCUCCUACACUGGAGGCGGAGCAGACUGUUGCCAUGGAGAUGCCUCAGGGUGCUACUGGACCGGAAAUGGCUCAGCCUAGUUCAGCAGUCAAUGCAGUGGUUAACAAUAGUCGUGUUGGAGUUGAAUCUGAACUUUCUGCAUCUUCAUCAUCCAGCACAGACGCAGCAUCACAUAGAAGCAACUCACAGGACAACACUGCCCCAAUUGCCCCACCACCACGACAACCCUGCUCUUCACUCCUUUCAGUGCAUCAUGACGGGCGACCAAUCGUGUGUGAAAGGUACCGUGUGGUGGUGUCCUACCCUCCUCAAAGUGAAGCAGAGCUGGAACUGAAAGAGGGAGAUAUUGUAUUUGUGCACAGAAAGCGAGAGGACGGCUGGUUUAAAGGAACACUACAGAGGAACGGGAGAACCGGUCUGUUUCCCGGCAGCUUUGUUGAUAGCAUCUAACGCACAUUGACUCUAAAAACUGAACAUUUAGACAAAUAAACUAUGGUAGAAAAUAGCAACACUGAAUUUCAGCCUUACCAACAGCUCUACAAGAGAGACAACAGGACUGUAUGAGUGGUCACACGACUACACACGAUGACUGUGAUGGAGUUCACAAAUGAUGAGGGUCAUCAGAUGCAUGGAUUUUGCUACAGUUUAAUGAAUUUAUAUCCACCUCAGCAGAUCCUGUUGUUUCAGUCCUUAAACAUUUGGUGAAACGGAUGGAAGCAGUGGAGGUUACGGUUAGCACUAGGCACCCUAUUUCUAGCACAGUAGAGUAUGUUGUGAUAGGAUUUGUUAAUUUAUGCAUCUGUAACAUUUCAAAGAGGUUUAAUGUGUGCCUUGUACUGUUUCACUUUACUGUAAAUAUACGCAAACAAACCUGAUCUGAGUCAUGAGAACAAUAUGAAUUUUCUUCAUUAGAAAUACAUGAAUUUAACUUAUUUUAAGUACAAACAGCUUUUUGGGGAGGUUUAGGUCAACUGAUAGGUCAAAUCCCUUUAGAGACUAAUAUCACGAUACACUUCAUGAUCAUGUGAUUUUUUUUUUAAGAAAACUGUAAUCAUUAAUAAGAGGAUGAACCAAAUGAACUUGAGGUUUUCCACAGUAGUGUUUGUCUAAUAAAGUAUAAUUGGCUUGUAGUCUCAAAUUCUGAUUGGUUGUCAUCAUCAGAAAUGAAAAUAAAGGGUGAUUAUGGCAAUUAAAAGAAAAUUAGUGUGGCUGUAUGUGCUUCUAAAAUAAGGGAAUGAUAGAUGAUGUAUAACUAAUUGGGCAUUUUAAGGAACUAUUACUAAUAGUCCUUAAUUUCACUAAGAUAUUGGGUCAGCUGGAUGUUUUUGGGUAGUGUGAAAAAGCCCUCAGUUGAGUAACAGAUACAAGCGUCCAUAAUAAAAGCACAGAGACAGACAUUUUCUUAAAGUGAUAAUACUAUUAUGCUUGUCUGCAUGUGUUAAUUUCCUCUCUGGUUUUAACAGCUGCUUCAGUUUUUUACUAUCUCACACAUGCAGACACAUCUGACCUGUAGGCCCCUGCAUCAUAUUCACAGGUUAUUACUAUAAUGCACACAUUAUGUAUGGUAGCCUUUACCAUUGCAGUUUACUGAUUUUACAAAAGUGAUUUUAAGAUUUAAUCCAUCUUACACAUGGUUUCUGACUGUGAUAGCUUCAUAAACAUUGAUUUCUCUUUAAGUCGAGUCUGUUCUGGUAUUGUCUGCUGUACUUUAGUUUUGGAUGUUAUAUUUUGUUUUGUAAGCUUGAAAAUGAUGAUGUUUGUGUAUUUCGAUUCUUUAUACAGUAGAUAACAUGUUUUAUUUUAUUUUGAAAGCACAAUUUGUUUGAUUUUUUAAAGAUCUCAUUUAUGCCCCAUCUCAAAUUUCUUUUUCCUAUUUCACAAUUUUAUUUUUUCCAUUGAGUUAUUUUGAUGCCUAUAAAACUAACAAGAUGGCCUUCAUUGGAUGAUUUACUUACAUUUAACAAACCACUUGUCAAACCACCCAGGUUUCAGUGAAACAGGUUAUGAUUAUAAGGUUAUAACACUGAAAUCUGAUUGGAAAAGCAACUUAAAAUCAGAUUUAACAUUUUAACUGAUUUCACUGGAUGAUUUCAGACAAAGCUCUUGCUCAUGUAAGAUUGGAUAUUAGUCACACAGCAGAACAAAAUCUGAUCACUGUUAAUUCAUUAAAACACUUGUUAGUUAUGAGGGGUAUAAAAUAAAGUAAUAACUUUUAUAAAACAUGUUUUGGAAACCUUUCAUUUAUUGAAUUAUUGUUGUUCUAAAUUCCCUAUGAGUAGGUUAUGAAACUUUAAUUUGAGACUUUUAUUAUAUGGCGCUAGAUGGCAUAGUUCCGCUUUGCGGUUCAUUUUAGUUUCACUUUCACAGACGCUCGCUCCACCAUUUUCUUUGGGUGCUAAUGUGCGUGGAUGCAUGUAAGUUCUCCUUAAACAAUAACAGUUAACAUUAAUACUUCAUCGCAAUGCUGUACUUUGAGUAAUCCGUUUCUAUUACUAAUAUAAAUGUUAAUUAUGAUGUAAAAGGCCAGUUAUAUAUAUUGUGGUUAAAACUUUUAUGUUAUAUUACCAAUUUUACUCCACACGAUGUAUAUAUCAUGUUUAUUUGUAUUAUUUGACAACAAUGUUAUGUUAGCUGACUUAAAUUGAUAUAUAAUUCCUCUGUGUAUUUCAGGAAAACCACAUUAAUACCUUGUGGCCAUGAUUGUAUGCUGCUAUGAAUAUUAAUACUCAAAGUGCUACAUAAAGAGUUAACUGUU